AGAGAGAGAGAGAGAGAUGAAGAUGAAGCAGAUGAAGAAACAGAAGAAGAAGUAAAUUAAGAGGACCAAAUAAAUCUCUUCAUCUAACUCAUCAUCAUCUUCGUCAUCAAUAUUAUCAUCAUUUCGUCUUUACCCCAUUCACUUUGAAUAUUUCUCUCUCUCUCUUCCUCUUUCUUCAUGUUCUCCUGUUGAUAUUUGUCUAUUCCUUGUUCCAUUUGUAACCGUUUUCUUUUUUCUAUUUGUUUUUAUUUUUCUCUCUCAUUUUUCGUUUUCUUUUAAUUUUUCUUUCUCCAUCUUCUUACCUUAACAUUAUUAUACCUUUCACUCUAUUUUUCUCCUUCUCUAUCUCUCUCUCUUUUUUUCUCUUUCUAGCGCCGUUGACCAAUCAGCGAUUCUUUUUUGUUUUAAUCUCCACCAUGAUGAUGAUGAUGAUGAUGAUUAACCAAAGUUAAAAACUGUCCAACGAACACAAAUCAUCAUCCAUUCAGAUAGAGUCUCUUUCUUUUGUUUACCAGCUUGAUUAACCAGUUAGAGAAUCAUCAAUGGCGAAUCAAAAAUCUCUCUCUCUAAUUUUUUUCUCUUUUAUCUCUCUGUCUUUCCUUCUAAUUCAUUGACUUUCUUUUCUACCUCCCUCCCUUUUUUCUCUCUCUCUCACACACAUCAUCAUCUUCAUCACCAUCAUCAUUAUCUGUGUACUCUCUCUCCUUCUCUCUCUCACUCACUAACUCUCUUUCUUUCUUUCUACUUUUAUCUUCUCUCUCUCUCUUUUUCUCCUUCACAAAGCCUUUAGCAUUCCAAUAGCUGUUGAUAUUUCAUCUUGUCCAACAUUUAAUAGCGAUUGUUACACUUACACUGUUUAUUUUUCGUAAAUAGAAAAAUAAUUUCAUUUCCUUUUUAUGUUCAUAGAUGACGACGCUUUCACUUAUUCUAAUUUUUUUGUAUUUUCUUUUUUCCAUCUGAAGCCAUCUUAGUUUCACCUUCUCUUCCUUUCUCUCUCUCUCUUUUCCAUGUUUUUUUCUCCUUCCUCUUUAUCUCUUGUUUAUCAUCAUCUUUUUCUCUCUCUCUCUCUUUCUCAUCGUCCAAUUUCUCAAAAUGGUCUCUUUCAAGCUUCUCCCAAUAGAUUUCAUUCACUUAUUGUCAUGAUGCUGUUUUGUAUAUUAUCUUCACUGUGAUUACAUUUGUUGCUUUUGUUUAUGUUACUCAAUGGAUGGAGUUUUCUUCUUCUCUCUUUCUCUGCCAUUUUUUUCUUCAAAUAUUUCUACUUGUUUCUAUUGGACGUUAUUUUUGUUCUAAAAAAGAUUUACUUUGUUUCAUCUAAAGGUGAUAUGACACUACCUUUGGUAGGUGUUUUCAUCGAUCUUUACAAUAUUACCUGAAUGGCUUGUCAACUGGUUUCACUUUCUAUUUCCAUUUUUAUCUCUCUUCUGGUUAUUGGGUUUAUCUAUGUUUUCUCAUGGAAUCAUCAUAGGAGCACCAAGGAAGCGGUAAUACUGCGAGCCAUUGGAAUCGUAUUUGCCAUAUUUGUCUCAAUAGUCAUUCUUCUAUUAACUAAUUACAUUGAUUACGAAAAUUUAACACCAACUCUUAGUCUUUCACCGUAUUACCUUUUUGAAAGUAUUGUUAUCCCCAUUUGUUUAACGAUUAUCCUUUUUAUUGGGCCGAUUAUUGAUAGAUUUCAACAAGGAACUCUUUUUCUUGCCUUGGAUCCUGAUGAAGAAUUACCACCAUUCUAUUCUUUUGCACGUAACUAUCUUCUUGGUCCAAUUUUAGAAGAAUAUUUUUACCGUUUUCUUCUUACAACUCUUUUGAUCCAAUGUUUCUCCCAAUCGUCAACAAUUCUAAUCUCAUCAGCCAUCUUUUCAAUCAGCCAUGCACAUCAUCAUAUAAAAGGAUUGAUUAACGGCGGUGAAACUUUAGAAUGGGUCAAUUUUAUUUGCCAUUUGAUACAAACAUUCAUCUUUGCAUGUUAUGCCUGUUGUAUUUACCUUCGAGCUCAAUCUGUUAUAUCGGUUAUUCUGAUACACUCAUUUUGUAAUUGGAUGGGACCUCCUCGAUUCGACAGAUUAUUUUCUCAAAGAUAUUUAGCAAUCAUCUCAUGUCUUGGCAUUAUAACUUGUAUCACCCUGUUAUCCAUUUACUUGGUCAGUUGACACCAUUGACCAUGAAAGCAAAUCCAUAAUCCAAAUUGCUAUUUCAGCUUCUAUCAAUUUAUAAAUUCAAAAGAGUAAACUUUUCAAUUGUUUGCAUGAUUAUCGUUAUAAAACAAUUGUCAAACUUUUACAAAACACAAUUAACAUUGGAAAAAUAUAUUAUAUAAGUUACCAUGAAAUUGAAAGAUCUUGGGAGAAACGUUAUUCAAUUAAGUUAUUGAAUGGAGAAUAUGAUUAGCCUGGAAAUCAAUUUAACCAAAAAGUGCCUCAAACAAUUAACCAAUUCAACAUUUCGUUUCAAGCUUCAAAUUUUAUCUCCAUCAGUAAAUCACAACGAUGAUGAUCUAACUUCAUUAGGACCAAAAGCAAAAGACAACAAUCAACUAAAUGUUUUCUAAAUCAAAUCCAUAAAUUGAAAGGGCUUCAAGUGUGUUAAAUAUUUAACUUAAAAGGUUAAUACAAUUAAUAUAUCUUCAAUUAACAAAAUUUGCUACUAAUCAAACCAACAUGAUUUAACUUUACCGAUUAACCUGUAAAAUUAAAUUGUCACCAAAGACAAAA